UUUACAUCAGCCGGCCCACUCAUUACCAUGUUUUAUAUCCCCCCGCGCUCAGAAAGCAUCAUGGCAAAGCGGCUCCAUCCUCCCCUCCAACAGGGAAGUGAGUGAAGCAGCCUCGCGGAGCAGGUGUCGCGCGGACAGAAACUCCCCCUCCCUCCGACAGCUCCGGACUCCUGGAACUUUAUUUAUUUAUUUAAAAGUUUUCGUUUUUCCUCUUUCUCUCUCUCUCUCCCUCUCCCUCUCUCUCUCUUCCCCCGUCGUUUAAUUGCCCUCCAUCCUUCCUCGCGGUGCUUAUGUCGUGUUUUUAAUGUUCUCCAAAAUGGUCUCGAAGCUGACGUCCCUACAGCAGGAGCUCCUCAGCGCCCUGCUGGACUCAGGCGUCACCAAAGACGUCCUGAUCCAGGCCCUGGACGACAUGGACCCCAGUCCGCCGCCGCAGGGCUUCGGGGUGAAAAUGGAGAGCCUGCCCGUGUCGCCCGGCAAGCUGAACGGCGCCGACGCGGACUCCAAGCCCGUCUUCCACACGCUCACCAACGGACACGGCAAGGGCAAGCUGUCCGGGGACGAGGGCUCCGAGGACGGGGACGACUACGACACCCCGCCGAUCCUCAAGGAGCUCCAGUCGCUCAACACGGAGGAGGCCGCGGAGCAGCGGGCAGAGGUGGACCGCAUGUUGGCCGAGGACCCAUGGCGGGCGGCUCGUAUGAUCAAAGGUUACAUGCAGCAGCACAACAUCCCCCAGCGGGAGGUGGUGGACAUCACAGGGCUCAACCAGUCUCACCUCUCCCAGCACCUCAACAAAGGGACGCCCAUGAAGACGCAGAAGCGAGCGGCCCUCUACACCUGGUACGUCAGGAAGCAGCGGGAAAUUCUUCGACAGUUCAACCAGGCCACUCAAGCUUCUAUUGGCAGCAUGUCAGACAAAGGCAGCCAGGAUCCGGCCUUUUUCUACCCAGAGUUCAACAUGUCCGGCCCGGGAAUGGGUCAGUCGAGCGAAGAGGUUGGCACUGAGCCCCUGAGUAAGAAAAUGAGGCGUAACCGUUUCAAGUGGGGGCCUGCAUCUCAGCAAAUCCUGUACCAGGCUUACGAGCGGCAGAAGAACCCCAGCAAGGAGGAGAGGGAGGCUCUGGUGGAGGAGUGCAACAGAGCCGAGUGUCUUCAGAGAGGCGUCUCCCCUUCCAAAGCUCAGGGACUCGGCUCUAACCUGGUCACCGAAGUGAGAGUUUAUAACUGGUUUGCCAACAGACGUAAGGAGGAGGCCUUCAGGCAAAAGCUGGCUAUGGACGCCAUCACUGCACCGCCGCACGGUAUCAACCCACUGCUGUCACACAGCUCGCCGCAUCAUCCCCAGACCAGCGUGUCCCCUCCAAUGCGUUACAGCCAAGGCCCCGGCGAAGUCUCCUCCUCCACCGCCAUCAGUCACCACAGCAGCAGCAGCCAGUCAGUGCUGCAGCAGGUGUCCCCGGGAGGACUGGACCACAGCCACAGCCUGCUGUCGCCCGACGCCAAGAUGAUUUCAGGCUCGGGCGGAGGACUUCCUCCGGUCAGCACGCUGACCAACAUCCACAGUUCCCACCACAGCCACCAGCAGCCGCAGAACCUCCUAAUGCCUCUGACAGGAGUCAUGGCGAUAGCACAGAGUUUGAGCACGUCGCAGGCCCAGACGGUGCCGGUGAUCAACAGCGUGGCGGGGAGCCUCGCCGCUCUCCAGCCGGUGCAGUUCUCCCAGCAGCUCCACAGCCCCCACCAGCCGAGCCUGAUGCAGCAGUCGCCCAGCCACAUGAGCCAGCAGCCCUUCAUGGCCACCGUCACACACUCUCACAUGUAUUCGCACAAACAAGAGCCCCCGCAGUACUCUCACCCGUCCCGUUUCCCCUCAUCCAUGGUCACAGAUGCCAACAGCAUCAGCACCCUCAGCUCCAUGUCCUCCAGCAAGACGGACGCUCCUGUAAACAAGAUGGUGCAACUCGGGGGUAUCUCCUGGUGUCCUCUUCCAGCUUGGUGAGAGCGGCCAACCGACCUCCCCGCUGCCCGGCAACCGUUGCGCAUUUUUCCACCCUCUCGCCGAGGUUAGCAUGGCAACCGCUAAUGGCCCGCAGGCGCGCGCGCGCUGGACAACAAGCUGGUCAACAAACACGGAGG